UCUCUUUGACUUAUUUUGGCUGCUGGGCUCAUCUCGCAGAACAUCUUCAGUUGAAAUCGGCCAACGAAGCGGACAAGAACGAGGCUCUAGAGUUUCCAGCAAUACUAAAUUAUAAUUUAUUUUUUUCUUAACAAAAUAAAACUAAAAUGAAUAUGAUUUGCCAAAUCUUGUUAAUGGCGGCGUUGUUGGCUUUAGUUUCAUCAGCGGCUUUGGAGAAGGGUGAACGAGAGGAGGCGCUACAAUUUGGAUUCCACACAGAAAAUGGUCACCGGAGAAAUGAGGCUAUAACAUACACAGUCAAACCGAAAACAGAUAAGGAGGCCAACGAAGUGACAACUCAAAAGCCUGUGGAAUAUAAAGGUGGCUAUAGCUUCAUCUCGGCCGAUGGCUAUGAGUACCAGGUCCUCUACAAGGCCAACAAAAACGGUUUCCAGCCCUAUGUGACCGCUCACAAAAUCAAACCGGAUAAGAGUUAAUCAAACAUUUUUA